CGGGCAGAUACCUUGUUAAUAUGGCUGACGAGCCUGCUGCAAUGCCAUUGCCCCGUCCUAUGCCGUCGGCGCUUAAAUUUGAUCUUCUCGCGAAAUGCUCAACCACUAAAGCUCGAGCUUCAGUUCUCCAUCUACCUCAUGGACCUGUCAACCUGCCCAUUUUCAUGCCAGUGGCUACCCAAGCGAGUCUUAAAGGCAUAACUCCAGAGCAACUUGAGGACACAAGCUGCAGACUGUGCCUGAACAACACGUACCAUCUUGGCCUUAAGCCAGGUCAGGCUGUGCUUGACAAGAUCGGCGGAGCUCAUAAAUUGCAAGGAUGGAAUCACAACAUCUUGACCGAUAGUGGUGGUUUCCAAAUGGUCUCUCUCCUGAAGCUUGCCAAAGUUACUGAAGAGGGGGUUCGUUUCCUCAGCCCUCACGAUGGGACCCCAAUGCUUCUAACCCCCGAGCAUUCAAUAUCACUUCAAAACAGCAUCGGAUCAGAUAUUAUAAUGCAACUUGAUGAUGUGAUAGUGACAACAUCCCCUGACGAAGCUCGGAUGAGGGAAGCCAUGCACCGCUCGAUUCGCUGGCUCGACCGUUGUAUUGCCGCCCACAAGAAGCCGGAAUCGCAGAAUCUAUUUUGCAUCAUUCAGGGCGGAUUGAACUUGGAUAUGCGAAGAGAGUGCUGUCAAGCGAUGAUUGCAAGGGACACACCUGGCAUUGCCAUCGGGGGCUUGAGCGGCGGAGAGGCGAAGGACCAAUAUUGCAAAGUCGUGGACACAUGCACAGGGCUUCUACCUGAAGGAAAACCCCGAUAUGUCAUGGGAGUUGGAUAUCCUGAAGAUUUGGUCGUGUCCAUCGCGCUGGGAGCUGAUAUGUUUGAUUGCGUUUGGCCUACGCGGACAGCGCGAUUCGGAAAUGCCAUUACGCCGAACGGGGUGCUAAAUCUUCGGCACAAGAGAUUCGCGGAUGACUUCAAACCCAUACAUCCAGAUUGCAAAUGCAUGUCAUGCAGACCCCAGUCUGAAGGUGGGCUGGGCAUCACCAGAGCACAGAUACAUCAUCUCGCAGCGAAAGAAACAGUCGGAGCACACGUGGUCACGAUACAUAAUGUGCAUUAUCAACUAGACCUGAUGCGACAGGCAAGAAACGCAAUUUUAGAAGAUAGAUAUCCACAGUUUUUGAGAGAUUUUUUUGCGAGCUACUAUCCGGAUGGGGCACCUCAAUGGGCGAAAGAUGCAUUGGCCGGAGUUGGAGUAGAAUUGUGAGGCUUCUAACAAAGACCUUAUUAGAUGAAAGUCUGAGUGACGCAUGCGGACGCGCGAGUGGCUAGCUCAAAUUGGAGCUUGUUACGACAACACGGACAGUAUUAAUCUGUCUCGCAAUUAAGUGCGAGCUUGGUAGAUUAUAUCUGAUAUCUAGAUAUCGAAGGACAAGACAUUUUCUGGCCG